UGGAAUGUGUUUGUCGGGUUUUAUGGGUUAGUACAACUCAUUUAAAUUUUGUUUGUUUGUAACCCGACCCAAAUAAUUUGACAAGUCUAACCUCAAGUAAACUCCUCCAACAAAUGCUUUGAACAUUCAAGGUCUUUGCAUUCUUUUAUGUGGUGUUUAUCAUUUCAAAGUCAACGUUUGAAGAUUGAUGAUCUGAUCAUCCGCUUGUAAGUCUUGUUUCUUGAAUCAUCUUUUUGCUAUGGAAUUGUUGAGUUCGAUCUUGGGCUCAAUCUUGGCCGACACAACUCGGGCCAUGUGCGGAGCAAUCUCUUCUAGAGCCAUUCAUACAAUCAGAUUCAAGUCAAACCUCACAUCUCUGAAGAAUGCAUUGGAUAGGCUGAUGGAGGUUGCGUACAAAGUGGAUAAGACCCUUGAAACAUUGGAGAUCACAGGCAGAUCAUUGCAGGUUCAGCUGAGGAGAUGGCAAACAGAUGUCCAAGAAAUUUUCAACGAAUCUUCUUCCUUUCAGGAGAAACAGUCUAUUUCAUGUGCUUUGUCUUGUAGGAAUGGUAAGGAUCUUGUAACCAUUCUCGAGAAAGUUGAAACCUUUGAGAAGUUAGGCAAACAUCUAAUCGAAACAUUUCAUGUGGAUGGUUCAAAUGAAAGAGUUGAAUAUAUACCUGGACCUUUCAUUCAAAAUCAAACAAUAACAUCACAAAUGUUGGCAAACAUUAUGGAUAUUUUGAAGAGUGAAAAGGUUCAAAAGAUUGGGAUUUGGGGUAUGGGAGGAGUUGGGAAAACGACUCUGGUCACUGCGUUGAACAAUAAGCUUCAUGAAGAGGUUGGCAAGCAACCAUUUGGUAUGGUGAUUUGGGCAACUGUGUCUGCAGAGUUCGACUUGAGAAGGGUCCAAAUGCAAAUUGCAGAAAGAUUGGGGAUGGUGAUCAAGUUGGAAGAAACAGAUGAGAAGCUGGCAAGACAGAUUCAUCGGAGACUCGAAAAAGCCUGUAACUUUCUUCUGAUUCUCGAUGAUGUUUGGAAACCCAUUGACCUAAACCUUCUGGGCAUUCCACAGAUGAAAGAACACGAGGCUUCAAAGGUCAUUUUGACUUCUCGGUUCCUGGAGGUUUGCCGGAGCAUGAAGACAGAUGUUGACAUCAGAGUGGAUUGCUUAGAUGAAGAAGAAGCUUGGCAAUUGUUUUGCCAAAACGCUGGGGAAGUAGCAAGUUCUGACCGUAUUAGACCACUGGCGAAGGCAAUUUCCCUUGAAUGUGGUGGAUUGCCUUUGGCUAUCAUCACAGUGGGGACGGCCAUGCGAGGGAAGAAGAUGGUCAAGCUGUGGAAACAUGCCUUGAAAGAGCUAAAGAGAUCAGUGCCUUGGGUCAAGAGCAUCGAAGAAAAUAUCUACCAGCCUUUGAAACUGAGCUACGACUUGCUUGAUGACAAGAUGAAACCUUGUUUCCUCUUCUGCGCUUUGUUCCCAGAGGAUUACUCAAUUGAAGUAACAGAACUGGUGAGGUAUUGGAUUGCAGAAGGAUUCAUAGAUGAGCAGGAUAACCACAAGUAUUCGAUGAAUGAAGGAAUUACCUUGGUCGAGAAUUUGAAGGACGCUUGCUUGUUAGAAGAAGGUGCUCGUGAUGGCACGGUUAAAAUGCACGAUGUGGUCCGUGAUUUUGCCUUAUGGGUCAUGUCUUCCUCCCAAGAUGAUUGUCACUCCCUUAUCGCAUCUGGCAUGGGCUUGAUUGAGAUUCCGCAAGAAAAGUUUGUUCCUUCUAUCCGAAGAGUGUCUUUGAUGAAUAACAAGCUUGAAAGGCUUCCUGAUUGUAGUGCAGAGUGUGAAAAAGUCUCUGCCUUUCUGCUACAAGGUAACUUUCAGCUCCAAGAAGUUCCUGUAGGUUUCUUGCAAGCGUUUCCAGCUCUGAGAAUCUUGAAUCUAAGUGGGACACAUAUAAAGGCAUUGCCUUACUCCCUCAGUCAGCUUCAUAACCUGCAUUCUCUCAUCUUGAGGGACUGCUAUUACCUAGAAGAAUUGCCUUCCUUAGAAGCCCUUACAAAACUUCAGCUUUUGGAUCUCUGUGCCACUCGUAUAAAGGAAUUCCCGAGAGGGUUAGAAGCAUUGAGUAGCUUGAAACUGCUUGACCUUUCUCGAACACAUUAUCUCGAAAGCAUUCCCGCUGGAAUCAUCUCCAAGUUAUCGAAUUUAGAGGCUCUAGACAUGACACUGAGCCAUUACCACUGGGGCAUCCAAGGACAAGUACAAGAGGGGCAAGCAACACUUGAUGAGAUCACACACCUUCAUCGGUUACUGGUUCUUUCCAUCAGGGUUGUGGGCAUCCCCUCUCUCUCCCCCGAAAACAUCUCCUGGAUCAGAAAGUUGAAGAAAUUCCAACUCUUUAUUGGCCCAACUGCAAACUCCUUACCCACUAGACAUGACAAAAGGAGGGUAACCAUAAGUAGUCUCAAUGUCUCAGAAGCAUCCAUCGGGUGGCUACUUACUAACGCAACCUCUCUAGUUGUGAACCAUUGCUGGGGUCUUAAUGCAAUGCUUGAAAACUUGGUAAUCGAUAUCGAAAGCACGAGUAGCUUUGAUGUCUUGAGGUCACUGACAAUUGAGAGCUUUGGCAGCAGCUUAAGGCCUGCUGGUGGAUGUGCAGCACAACUUGAUCUCCUCCCUAACCUCGAGGAACUCCAUCUGCGAGGUGUCAACUUGGAAACCACUAGAGAACUGGUUGGUCAUUUGGGGUUGAGAUUCGAGUCGCUGAAAUUACUUGAAGUCAGCAGAUGCCGGCAGCUCAAAUGCCUGCUCUCUGUGGGGAAUUUCAUAUGUUUCUUACCAAACCUGCAAGAGAUACGGGUUAGUUUCUGUGACAAGUUGCAGGUGCUGUUCGACUAUUAUCCUGAGAUAGCUCCAGCUUCCAUCGAACCUGUCGUGCCCAAUCUGCGUGUCAUAAAGUUGACAAAUCUCCCGCAGUUGACGAGACUAUGUACCGAGGAAGAGACAUGGGGAUGCCUGGAACAAGUGGAGGUCAUCAAAUGCAAACUUGUCAAGAGACUACCCAUUAAUUCCAAGAAUGCUCAUAGAGUCAAAGAAAUAAGAGGAGAGCCAGACUGGUGGAAUAGCUUACACUGGGAUAACACCAACACUAAAACAACCCUCCAGCCACGUUUCAUAUCCAGCACUUCUGAUGUGUUCGGCGUUCACGAUUCAUCUUGGAAAUAAACCUGGUUUUGUUGUGAUAACAAUUGAUUUGCCUGUAUCAUCCUUGUAAAGUUUUCCCUCAUUGAAGUUUCUGGAUAAUAAUCCUGAACCAUAAGCCAUUGAAAUGAUCCUUCUUUUCUCUCUCAACAGGUGCGAGAUCAUUAGACAGAAGAAGUAAGUUUUUUUGUCAGACCAAUGGUGACAUCCUAAAAAGCUCUGAAAAUACAUUUCCUGAUGUCUGGAACAGGUUGCCAUCUCCUGGCAAAGCCAAAAGAAUCACAGAAAUGAGAGGAUGUCAAAAUGGUAAAACAGUUUGUCUAGUUACGACAAGAGCACAAUAACUACACUUCGGCCUUGUUUUGUUCCACCUACUUCAUGUUUGAUUCGGAGCACCCGACCCAUUCCAGCUUCUAUAUAACUGUAAAUUAGCUCACGGG